ACUAAACUCAAUCUUUUAGUGUUUAAUAUUUCACAAAUACAGUAUGAAUUAUUUUCAAAGAAAUAAGGUAUCGUCUAUAAGUCAAUAGUGUGUAUUGACUAACUGUUACUGUGCAAUUUAAUGUCAUUAAUUACAGUGUUACACGUGCGUUUCCUUCGUAUGAACGCUGUUGCUAAUAAGAAAAUGAUCAAUAGGGGUCACUGUUUCCCCUCUUUCUUUCGUCUGUUUGUUUGGGUUUCUAAGAUACGGGUGAUGUUCGCGUCUCUGUUGGAAUUAAAUUCCUGUAGCAGGUCGCUGAAAAGUUGCAUUAAAGUGCUUCGAGAUGUCAGAAACAGACGGGGACCGUAAUGGAGUGAAGUCGAAGGGCGUGUUUUCUACGUUGGUGGCCGACGGGAGUUGGUUGUACCUGAAAGGAGAGUAUAAAAAGGCCAUAGAGAGUUACACUACAGCUCUGACUCUAAGGCCCAAUGAGAAGAGUUGUCUCAUUGGCCGCUCCAAGUGUUACCUGAAGCUGGGGCAACAUGAAAAUGCCUUAAGAGAUGCUGAAGCUUCACUCAAAGAAGACAAGACAUUCUUUGAGGGAUUACAUCAGAAAGCAGAAGCUUUAUACCACAUGGGAGAAUUUGAGUUUGCGCUGGUUUUUUACCACAGGGGACAAAAGCUUCGUCCACAAAUACAGGAGUUCAGACUGGGAAUUCAGAAAUCACAGGAGGCUAUAGAAACCUCUGUUGGUGACCCGUCGUCUAUUAAACUAGAAAUAAAAGGUGACCUUUCAUUUCUCCAAAAAGAUGAGGAAGUGAGUAUUCGAUCACAGCCUUUAACCACUGUUCAGCAUCAACCAAAGGACAAUAAAACCCGAAAGGUACCUAAGAACAAAAAGACGACCAAACAACUGCUGGGGGAGUUUUAUGGUGACAAGCUUUAUCUGGAAAACCUGAUGAAAGAUAAAGACUUGGUUAAAGGCAAGACGAGGGGCGGGGAACAUCUGCAGGACGUCAUCCAAAGCUGCUUGACGUAUCUGGACACGUGUACCGAGUUAUUGAUCCAAGAGAAACCUGUCUGCACGCAGGAGAAAGACAGAAAGCAGGUGCAGCCAAAAUGUCAAAGAUCCUGUUCCAGUGCACCCUCUGAUCCUACGCGGUUUCUGUUGAAGAGCCUCAAUGAAAUCGACGCAGAAAUGACAGCUGGAAAUGCGGCGGUGAGUCUCAAGAAAGCAAAGGAUAUCUUGACGGUGGUAGAAAGGUGGUCAGAGAAAGAAGUACCUGAUAGGAAAGAGAUACUGGGCAGCCUGCACAGCUGCAUUGGAAAUGCUCUGAUAGACCUGGGGGAUAUGGACGCAGCGCUGCAGCAUCAUCAAAAAGACUUGAAGUUGGCAGAACAGAGAAGCAACACGGAAGCUACAUCCAGAGCUCUGGACAACAUCGGCAGAGUCUAUGCCCAAACUGGACAGUUCACCAAGGCCAUUGAGUUCUGGGAAAAAAAGAUUCCACUUCUACGCAGCGCUUUGGAGAAGACCUGGAUUUUUCACGAGAUCGGUUGGUGUUACCUGGAGCUUGGUGACUACGAAGAAGCCCGAGACUACGGCUUGCGUUCGCUCGCUGUCGCUGAAGAAAUUGGCGAUGAGAAGUGGCAGCUAAAUGCUAACGUGUUGGUGGCACAAUCAGAAAUGAAACUAGGACUCUACGAAUCCUGCGUCAGAAGCUUUGAGAAAGCCUUAACCUGUGCUAGCCUAAAGCAAGACCACUCCGCCAUGAACGCCAUCCAGAAGGCUCUGGAUGAAGCAAAACAACACGUGUCUGAUUGAAAAUGACUCCAGUCGAGACCGAAACAUCUUCCUUUGACUGCUUCCUUUAAGGGUCACCACAGUGAUCUUCAGGAUCAAUUCUGGGACUAGUACCCUUGAGGGUCAUCUCAGUACCCUAGUUGUCCAAGGGUCAUGACAAUGACCCUAUGAUUCAGGCUUCAACAGAGGUGUGUUUAACAUGUUCCAUUUUUUUCAGUAAAGAUUUGUAAAGACAAGUGAUUGGAAUUUUUAUUUAGAUGUCUUUACUGUGUGAAAAAAAUCCCACUUCAAGAAAAAAUGCAAAACUGUUAUCACAUUUUUAUCUUGCGCACCCCCUGGCAGGUUGCGCACCACACUUUAGGAACCCCUGGUUUCUGGUAACAUUAUCAAAGGGAGGUAGAUAAAAUUGAGAAACUGAAAUGAUUCAUUAGUUCUUCAAUAUAACACUGUAAGAACAAUACAGUGAAAAUUUAUAGAACAGAGUUGUGCGCAAGUCUAUUAAAAGGCACAUAGUUUAUACAGUAAAACAGUAAUUACCCCUCAAAUAACCCUGUACCUAGUACAUAACAAGACAAACAGAUGACUGCUGCAUUCAUAUCGCUCAGACAUGCUACAUUAAUGAAAUUCUUUGUUGGUUUUGUGAUGUUACCUCGCGAAGCUGAGAAAUAAAUUCAAGUCGCUCAACUAUCAGUGCAAAUAUUUGGUUAUGUCCAUCGCUGACGGAACAUUUCCUUAACGCUCCCAUUGUACUGGUGUCUAUACAAAGCACGCUCAUAAUAAAAUGUGACUAUCAGAUCUAUUUAUGUUAUAUCAUAUUUCCAGUUGUGCACCACUUUUGUUUCCUUUAGUGAAUAACUACAAAGUCAAUAAAGGAAUAUAUUGACACAAAGGAAAUUUCACAAUUGUUACAAUAAUUGCAUCGGAAUAACAAUGGCAUGGUUGAAAAAUGAUUUUGGAAUGCAAGUCAAAUCAAAGGAAGUUGUCUUUAUUGAAGGAGCUUUUUAGACGAUGGAUUGAGAAAUCAUUCCAUAUAAGUACCUGGCCUUUCUUGAGUUCAGUCUCACUGUGUUUUUAUUGUAGUUUGGUUCUUUGUUUUCUAGAGAUUCAAUAAGUGUACUGCAUUGCGUAGCUAACUUGUUUUUUUGAAAUAUUUGUAUACAUUUCCCUAGUUAUUUUAAGGAAAAGUUUACCUGAAAACAAGGACAAGCCGAAAGGAAGAAGAUUUUAAGGAAAGCAGCCCUAGCGGUCAUAUUGUUUAAAAGACGAAUAAAAAAAGGGGAAGUUACAUUUCCCACUGCUGUCCUUGUGCUAAGUAGGGGCGUGGUCGUGACUCCGCCCUGUUGGCGCGUUCCCGGAAAUUUCCGUUUGUUUCCGCCGCCUCUUGAAGAGUGGGACGGGUGCGUGAGGAGGAUCUGCCUUGUCAUUGUACUCUGGAGAAACGCGUGGUCAGCAGCUGAGAAGGAGAAAGGGAAACAGAGGAAGACAUCUUCAACCUUCUGCUGCAGCAUAUUAUCGGUACAUGUUGGUGCACAAAGGAGACUUCUAGUCAUGGAUACUGAGAAGAGUGGUGAAGCCUUGAAUGCGUCAGAGACUCCACAGACAGAGGAGACAAUCAUGGAAAAAGAAGUUAUUUCAAACGUGGAGACACUCGCGGAAUCCACGGAGUCUGAGAAGCCACCAGCUGCUGCUGAAGAGACGGAACAGCUGGCAGAGAACGGUCACGACACAGAAGUCAUAAACAUCGAAAAAAGAGAA